AGGCACCUUCGGGGAAAUAUUGCUUUGUCCUCACUGUCCCUGACCCACUGGGGGGGGAGAGAGAACGAGAGAGAGAGAAACACCCUGUUUUCACCCUGAAUUUUUUUCACCCAACAGUGCACUGUUGUCGUGGUUAAUAAGAUUAAAGAUUAAACAGCUGAUUUAUUUUUUUUCUGGUCUGUGAUAAAUUCCUAGAGAUUGUUCUUUUACAACUUUGCACGGACUCAGCAGCGUUUAAAGACAGCUGACGGGGAGCAGAGAGUCACAGUGCAGUGCAGCCAUGGAGGAGGUGAGACCAUCGUGGGACAAUCCUUUACAGUUUGUAUUUGCCUGCAUUUCCUUUGCAGUGGGACUAGGCAAUGUGUGGCGCUUUCCAUACUUGUGUCAAAUGCAUGGAGGAGGUGGAUUUUUAAUUCCUUACAUGAUCAUGUUAGUCGUGGAAGGGCUGCCUUUGUUUUACCUGGAAUUGACUUUGGGCCAAUUGAUGAGGCAAGGAAGUAUAGGAGCAUGGAAGACAGUUAAUCCAUAUUUGGUUGGUGUUGGGAUAGGAAGUCUGGUGAUAUCAUUUCUGGUGUGUGUCUACUACAAUGCAAUUGUGUCCUGGAGUCUUUGGUAUCUGUUCCAUUCGUUUGAGAACCCUCUGCCAUGGGCACACUGUCCAUUAAAUGCAAACAACACUGCAAUCCUGGAAGAAUGUGCAAAGAGUUCACCCACUGAAUUCUUCUGGUACAGAAAGACAUUAAAUAUUUCUCCCACCAUUGAUGACACAGGGACAUUGCACUGGGGGCUUUUGCUGUGUCUGAUCCUCUCCUGGCUUAUAGUUUACCUCUGUAUCAUUAGAGGAACAGAAUCAACUGGCAAGGUGGUCUAUGUAACAGCUUGCUUUCCAUAUUUCGUGCUGAUAAUUUUUCUCAUUCGAGGGGUAACACUACAUGGAGCAGGAAAUGGCCUCGUUUACAUGUUCACUCCAAAGGUGGAGCAGCUGAUGAACCCGAAAUCUUGGAUUGAUGCGGCUACCCAGAUUUUCUUCUCGCUCGGCCUGGGCUUUGGGAGUCUGAUUGCGUUUGCCAGUUACAACCAGAAAAACAACAACUGUGAGAAACAAGCAGUUAUCAUUGCUUUAAUUAACAGUCUGACAUCCGUGUUUGCCAGCGUUGUCACUUUUGCCAUAUAUGGUUUCAAAGCUACAUAUAAUUAUGAAAGCUGUCUUGAAAGAAUGGUGUUACUUCUAACAAACACUUUUGACCUGGAAGAAACAGCAGUACAAACGGACACUCUUGAUGACUGGAUAAUUUUCCUGAAUUCAACACAACCGAACAAAUUUGCAACAAUUGCAUCACAGAUUGAAAAAUGUGACCUUCAGUCCCACUUGGACACGGCUGCAGAAGGGACUGGGCUCUCAUUUAUAGUCUUCACUGAAGCCAUUGUGAACAUGCCUGGGCCAUCUCAGAUCUGGUCGAUAUUGUAUUUUCUGAUGCUCCUGAUGUUGGGCAUCGGUAGUAUGCUGGGGAACGCCGCUGGUGUCAUCACUCCACUCAGCGACAUGAAGAUCAUUUCCAAAUAUCUGCCAAGAGAGGUCAUGAUAGGGAUUGUGUGUCUCGUAGCUUGUGUUAUUGGGCUUGUGUUUAACAUUGGAUCAGGGAAUUAUUGGUUCUCCAUAUUCAAUGACUAUGCAGCGACCUUGGCCCUUCUGGUGAUCGUUUUGGUGGAAGUCAUUGGGAUCUGCUACAUCUACGGGCUAAGAAGAUUUCGGAAAGACAUUGAAAAGAUGAUGGGACGCAAACCAAACUGGUACUGGGUGGUCACCUGGGUUUUCGUAAGCCCUGUUUUAAUCAUAGGUCUCGUGAUUUUUUACAUUGUUGACUACAGCAUAACAGGAACACUAACGUACACUGCCUGGAAUGCAGCUGAGGGGCAUUCGGUGAAGCUGGAAUAUCCUCCUUACGCUCUGGCUGUUAUUGGACUCCUGGUGUCCGUUUCCACAGUUUGCAUUCCUCUGGCUGCAUUAGUUACAUACAUAAAGAAGAAGCUCCAAAGGGAGAAAUAUUAGGGUUAAAACGCUAACUUGGAUGCCAAAAAAAACCCAAUACCCUUAAAUGUCCAUCCCUUCUAGGCUCCUUGAACACUACCCUAUUAUUAUUUUAAAUACGUUUUUGAUCAUAUUUUUAUUACAAACCACACGUUCAAGAAAAUGUGAAGGAUACAAUUUCUGAAGAAGGGUGCUUUUUUUUUUCUUUUUUUUGAAAGAAAAGGAAGAUGGUAUUUUAAAUGUUGUUCUAUCCCUAGAUCAACAAAAGGGAACUUUCCCCAUACCCUAGACAAUUGACACUUUAUGAAGCCAGGAGCAGCAAACGUUUGUUGUAAUUCUUGGAUUUAACCAGGUGGUAACCAAGUAAAUGCACCCACCAUUUCAGGUAGCUCAAUAAAUUAGCUCCUCAUUGAUCCACCCUUUUUUUUUGCUGAUUUUUUUUUCAAAAGAUCUGAUGUUUUGAGUCUUCAGCCAGCUUUUUGGUCACUUUGGUGAUAGGACUCUUGCCAUUGAUAACAAUUUGUGACUUGUAUCACUCCCAUCCCCUAAGAUACAGAAGCAUUCUGUGUUUAUGUGUAGCAACACCUAGACGUCAUCUUGCAGUCAGAAAUGGCAUUGUGGCAUCUGAUCAUCUCCAACCAGCGUGAAUCUAACCAUCUCCCUUUGAUCUCCAGUGGUAUUAUCUUUUCUGAAGUCCCCCAGCAUCAACAUCCAGGCUUGCUACUGAUUAGAAACUCAACUGGACCAGCCAUGGAACGACAGUGGUUACGAGAGCAGGUAGAGGCUAGGACUUGUGAAGUAACCCAUCUCCUGAUUUUCCCCAAAGCCUGUCCACCAUCGACAAGGCACAAGUCAGGAGAGAGAUGGAAUACUCCCCACUUCCCUGGAUGGGGCCAGCUCCAACAACACUCAAGAAGCUUAACACCAUCCAGGACAAAGCAGCCCGCUUGAUUGGCACCAUAUCUACAAAUGUCCACUCCUUCCACCACCAACACUAAGUCGCAGCAGUGUGUACCAUCUACAUGAUGCACUGCAGAAACUCAACAAGACUCCUUAGAUGGCACCUUCCAAACCUGUGACCUCAAGCAUCUAGGAGGAUUAGGGUAGAAGAUACAUGGGAGUACCCACCUGCAAGAUCCCCUCCAGGCAAUGCAUCAUCCUAAACUUGGGAAUAUAUCGUCGUUGCUUCAUUUUCGCCGGGUCAGAAUCCUGGAACUUGCUUCCUGAGCAACACACUGAGUGUAAUCACACUACACAGCGAUUCAAGAGGGUGGUUCUCCAUCACUUUCACAUGCUCUUCGGCAGUGGAUGCUAGGUGAGCCAGUGACACCCACAUUCCAAGAAAAACUUCCAAGAAUUCGCUCGCAACUUUGAAACGCUUUGCGAAGCCGUUGCACGAUGGAGUUUUUGGGUGUUUGAAUCGAGUCAGUAUUUUUGUUUUUUUUUUGAAAAGACUGUCUUGGUUAAGUCUGACCAAGUUUCAUUAUGAUGUUUCAAUGCUGAAACCUAUGUUUAACAACACCGUUCCUGCUCUAAUUGGUGGGGACUGGACUAUUGUUGGAGUUCCAACUGAUCCAAACAGAAUUGACAGACCCAACUGUCAUUGGCUACUGAGAAAAGAUAGCAGAGUAAUUUGAAUUUUGUCUUUUGGUUCCCAAGCCGACUGUAAUUAGGAGGCCUUUAUGGGGAGCCCUGUGAGUCUGCAUGGUAAUGUUUCAACACUUGUGUUGACAGGUUGUUAAAGUAGAGAAUAUAAUAUACUGUAAAUAAACUGUUAAUAACUGGACGGAUCUAUGCAUCUAUUCAUUGCAAUUUGUAAUAAAUUU